GUGACAAAAGGUGCGCAUGUUUCUGCGUGUGGGUGGGGCGGCGCCACACCUGUCGGGCGGCGCCUCCAGCGGGUGUCACUCACUCUCUCACUCACUCUCUCUAUCUAUCUGUGUGCCGGUCAUGAACGUGGGGACGUCGAAUGGCGCAGUGUUGAUGCCACAUGGCCGGUCAAAGGACCUCCACGCAGACCGAAGGAGGGAAACCACGUGACGCUGAUGCGCGAAGAGUCCGCCGCGUGAAGCGAACAGCUGUUUGAGCCGCACAGCUGCGAACGUUUAACAAAAGUUCAGUUUUCUUUUUUUUUGUGGUCUUUUUUCCCCCCCACCCCACCCGGGAGCGCGCGAGACAUGGCUCUGUCCCAGGUCCAGUGCCUGGACGACAACCACGUGAACCCGCGCACGCACGAGUCCAAAGCGGAGUUCCUGUACUGCGAGGACCAGCGGCUCGCCCUGGAGGCCUUCCUGCGGGACGGCCGCGACGCGCUGGCGGAGUUCCUGUGCGCGCACGGCCUGCGCGGCUUCCUCUCGGACCCGGAGCUGGAGAGCCUCGCUGAGGCGGCGGAGCCCUACGACCCGGGCUCCGAGCUCUUUUUCCCGGAGAACGCAGAGGAGGAGAAGGGCGGCGGGCGGCCGCUGUCGCUGCAGUACUGGCCCGAGUUGUCGGACACGUCCAUCCCGCAGAUGGACCUGAGCUGGCUGGACAACGUCUCCUACCGCGGGGUGACGCGCACCACCGUGUACACGCAGCCGCCCCUGGAGGGGCAGGUGCCCAUCAAAGAGGUCGUCAGGAAAAUGAUUGCGCAGGCGCAAAAGGUGAUCGCGGUGGUGAUGGACGUGUUCACCGACGUCGACAUCUUCAGAGAUCUGCUGGACGCCGGUUUCAGGAGGAAGGUUUCCGUCUACAUCCUGUUGGAACGCAAGACUCUACCGCACUUCCAGUCCAUGUGCCAGAGGGCCAACAUGCACGCCGGGCACCUCAAGAACCUCCGUGUACGCUGCACAGAUGGUGCCGAGUUCCACUCUCGAUCCUGCACAAAGGUCAGAGGGCGAAUGGGACACAGAUUCAUGUUCAUCGAUGGCGACAAAGCCGUAUCUGGUUCAUACAGCUUCACCUGGAUGUCAUCGCGACUUGACAAAAACCUCAUCACCGUGGUUACGGGCCAGGCAGUGGAGGCCUUCGACCGGCUGUUCUGCGUCCUCUACGCGACCUCCACCUCGGUUGACCUUCGGCAGGUCGCCACGGGGCCCCAACCCGAACCGGAGCCCCUCCCACAGCCGGUGCCAGUGGCCGCUACUUCGGCUGAUAUGGCCAGGAAAAUGUACAGUCCCAAAUAUGCCCUCGCUUCUUUAGGUAACCCCGCCCUCUCCUCUGGCCCCAAAGAGACCCAAAACCUGGACAGCUCCAAGAACCCAGAAACCAAGAAGGGGGGGCGGAAGAGGCCGAGUAAAGAAGCCAUCGACCCUCCCAUCCACCCUGGACUCUCCAACUUGGAGAAAGUGUGCAUGAUGUCAUACCUGCCCACCUGGCCGGAACCUGACCCCCCAAGUGACGUGAUCGGGUUCAUCAACAUCCGUGACACCAGUAAACCGAAUCAAGGCCAUCUGCAGAGGUCCGAGAUGUUUGAAACCAGCCAAGCGAUCCGGUUCAGCAGUCCGUUCAGCGUGCCAGAGAAAACCCAGCCGCAGGUCGCCACGCCCAAACCGGCCGCGGUCCGGCACCAGCAGGCGAGCGAACGAGAGGAGGCCAAGGCCAGAGAGUCAUGGACGGGCGGAGCGCCACCUGCGCCACCUGCGCCACCCAAAGGCCGCAGUCAAGCAGAGGCGACCGGACCAAAGAGUGAAUCUGACACUGCUGAGGUCCUCCUCCCGGAGAACAAGCCCUGGGCAAACGCACCCACGCCACCGCUUCCCAGCACCGGGGGCCCUCCGAGCAUCGCAGAGGCAGGGGGCCAUGCAAACAUGCAGCGUGACGUCUCGCAGGAGGCGCACCCGCGGCCUCCCGCCGACUCCCGCGGGCCAACAAAGACGCCAUGCACGGAUUCACGCACGCAAGCUGUUGGCGAGCAGGCGCCGGUCUCAUGUGAACCGACCCCUAACGCCAACGUCCACGCGCCCCCCCCUUCUACUUCUGUCAGCUCCUCCUCGCUUUCACAAAACAGUCACACCUCCGGAGGGACUCUCGCUUCCUCUUCUUCUACAACUCCAGAUCCUCUACUUCCCUCCUCCUCCUCACCGCCGUUGGCCUCAACCCCUCCCGUCCCGAAACCUCGCACCAUCAAGCUGCUGAUUGAUGGCCGCAAGCUGCCGGAGUUGAGAAGCGCGGGGCUCCACCCUGAAGAGCCGAGGAGCGACCGCAGGGGUGAGAGGGCCGCGGCGAACGCCGGAGAAGCGGCGCGUCCAACGCAGGGCGGGACCUCGCCAGGGACGGCGGCCGAGGGACGACGCGAGAACGAGGCGGCGGUGCGGCCGUCCGCCGGAGACGAAGCCGAGUCGUGUGUUUCGGUGACUGAGGCGCGCAGUGCGAAUAUUCACAGGAUUCUUCCAACGUAUGGCGAGCCGGAGACCGCGACGGGCGCCAAACUGACCCCACAGGUCGAGCGCGCUGCCCCGGUACGGACGGAGACGAAGGCCCCGCGCAGCUCGGGCGGGCCAAGCGAACAAAGCGAGAGUCUCUCAGAGCGCAGAACGUACUUGGCGAGAGCUCAGGCCGCCCAGAGGAUCUCGUACAGCGAGUCGACCCCGAGGGACGUCGUCGUGCUGCAGAUUGUGGAGGAGCAAGACGCCGAAGCAAAGGCGCCCGAAAGACCCCGGCACUUGCGCCUUUCCGAGCCAGGCCUGGACGGAGGGACGCGCCCCCCCCCGGCUCGCCAUCGCGCGCCGACCCCGGACAGAUUUUCGCCACGCACGCCCAACUCGGACUCGCUGGAUUUCCAGACGCCGACGUCCGACGGGUACGCGUCUGAGGAGUAUUACGAGUGCGACGCCUUCACGCAACCUGUGAGAAACCGGGGCGCCUCUCUCGGCGACUCGGAGGGUUCGUCGGGCCCCGGCAGUGUCUCCUCCUGGUCGUCUUUAAAAGACAAAGCGUGGCCGGAAAACGUUACGAAUGGGAGAGGAGAGGAUGAAAGUGUCGGGAGGACAGAGGGAGGCACUGAGGACCCAAAGAGAACAUCGGACCAUUUGAAACGAGACCAACAUCCAACGAGGGCAGAAGAAGAAAGCAAGGAGGCUCAAGCCCAGAAGACAAAGCGGGGACUGAACCAAUCAGCAGCAGAGAACCUGGUCGACUGGGGAGGGACUUGGGGACAAAUAACCAAUGAGAGAUUGUCCAUUGGUGGCCUUCAUCAAAAGACGCCUUCUUCUGAGAGACAGAGAACCGACAGGGAGGCUUUAGGACCUAGUGGUGCGGAAUGGAGAGACAGGCCCCCUGAUGUUCAGAAGCCCGGCGGCGGAGCGCCGUCGCCUCCCUCGGCGCCUCCGGGCCUCUCCACCGACCCGGCUUGGGGGCCCCGCCCCCGGGGGAGCCGUCAGCUGAACCAGGCGGAGGUUGCGGUGUUGGGCGAAGGCCCCCGCGGCCAGCGGAGCCCCGCCCCCCGACAGGGAGGGGCUCAACGUCCCGGCGCCAAACACGAGGCCGGCCGGCAGCAGCAGCAGCAGGCGGCGGCCCCCCCCCAGGAAGAAGGGAAGACCCCCUUUGGCCGGACGCUCAGCAGGCUGAAGGACAAGAUGAGUAGGCUGCAGGCGCCGAGCAAGGACGGCAGCGCCGGCCCCCCAGGGCCGUGACCCACGGGCGCAGGCUAGAUAGAAACAUUUAAGAAAACAAAAGUGCCCGUCUGGACUUUGACCUGUUUAAACCUACAUGUUUUACCCCCCCCCCCCCCCCCCCCGUUAAUGAGCAAAUGUUCCACAGACUAACCUCAUGACAGCGGCUGUUUGUAACUCUUCUGUAUUUACUAUUGUUUAGAUGAGCUUUUUUUAUUUUUGGUCCUUUUUGUUCGCUGCAACGUUACAAAGGCUAAAGGGACCUUAGGGACCUUUUUUGGGGGGCGGGGGGGGGGGGAUUCUGAACUAAGGUGAAGGAAACGUGCCCUGUUUACGACAAAUAAACGCGUGGAUGCCACGGGUGGAACGGCGCAUGUGAGCGUACGUCGUGUGUGUUGCAUGUGAGGCGCCCCCCCGCGGCCCGUCUUCUGGUUAUUACGGAGCACUUUACUUCUGAA